AUGUUUGCUGAUGAUACUAAAUGUCAUCGCGCUGUUCGUAAUCUUCAAGACAAAGAAGUCCUACAAUCAGAUCUUAACAAUAUUACCAACUGGUGUCAAGACUGGAGGACGGAUUUAAAUAAAUCCAAGUGCGGAGUACGUCAAUUUACUCGUUGUCUCCAACCUACCAUCAACCAGUACACAUUAGUUGACAUCCCAGUCAAACCUUUAACCUGUGAAAAAGAUCGUGGCAUAAGUAUCACCAAAGAUCUGAAGUGGAACCAGAACGUGCAGGACAUAUCCUCAAAAGCUAACAAAAUGCUGGGCCGGUUUUGUCAAGAGAACAACGUCCGGCAUUCACGAUAA